GUAAACAAAAAAGUAACAAUUGUGUAUUACAGUUAUAAGUUAAAAAUAAGUUCACGGGAAUAAAUAAGUGCUACAAUGGCUCAUAUUCAACUUGUAGACGAAUUAGUUCGAGAGUAUUUACUCUUCAGAGGAUUCACAUCAACCGUAAAAGCGUUCGAUAACGACUUGAAAUCUGAUAAGGACAAAGGUUUCAGAGUUGAUAAAAUAGUGGAUCAAAUGGUACAUUAUAUUAAUGUCUCAGAUCUGAACGGGCUUAAGGAAUACUGGUCGCAUUUAGACAGCUUAAUAUUCUCCAAAUUGGAAAUUCAUGUACAACCAGCUGUACGCAAGAUAGAAUAUAGUUUGUAUAAAGUGUAUUUGGUAACCGCAUAUCAAAAUACAGGCAGUGUUAGAAAUGAUAAAGUGGCCGAAUUCCUUUCUAAGAUGCUUCCAGAGCUACAAGGGCAAAGUGAAUGGAGAGAUUGGUUCAUGCUGCCUUAUGUACAAAAACCUGAAGAAAACCCAUCCUUUAGCUUAUACUUUACAAGAACUUGGCAAGACAGCGUACUGGUAUCCCUGCACAAUUUAUUGUCUACCGUGUUCCAAUGUAUGCCCCAGCCGACACUGACAAGCUACGAGAGUGAUGCAGCUCUUGUUAAAAGACUACAAGAUGAAAUUACUACAUUAAAAGGCAAAGUUAGGAACGGUUUCUCUUUUAAAUCACAACAGGCAACUGAGAAGAUAUCACCGAUGGGCCACCAAUCUCGUCUAGCUCAGUACUCGGAACGUCUAACUGGACCUUUACCGUUGGUUGAUGAUUUCUCUGCAAUACCUUCGGAGCAAUUUGAAGGAGGAAUAAGGGAAGCGAGAGGCUUGAGAGGAUUGUUAAGACAAAUGGGUGGUAGUCCAGUUAUGGGAAGAAAAACUGGUAGAUCUCAAAGCCAAAAUUGAAUGUAUUAUUUAAAAAUAAUAAUAGAAUGAAGUAAUAAAUAUAAAAUUUUAUUUAAAA